UGUAUGGCAUAACCACUAUUUAAAAGGAGGUUGUCAGACAGAGCCCUACAAAUCGUUUGCAGGUUCAGAACAAGAAGGACUUUACAUUUAAAGCAAACAUGGCAUCAGGCUUUUUGCUGUGUCCGGUUCUGCUCGCUGUCUUUUUCAUGUCACCAGUGGAAGUGGGAGCAUUUCCACUGUACAGCCUCUUCACCAAUGCAGUGAUGAGAGCACAGCACCUCCACCAGCUUGCGGCUGAUAUUUACAAAGAUUUUGAGCGCACCUACGUGCCAGAAGAGCAGAGACAGUCAAGCAAAAGUUCUCCAUCCGCCAUAUGCUAUUCUGAGUCCAUUCCUGCACCCACUGGCAAAGACGAAGCUCAGCAGAGAUCUGAUGUGGAGCUGCUGAGAUUCUCCCUGGCUCUCAUCCAGUCCUGGAUCAGCCCUCUGCAGACUCUGAGCCGGGUGUUCUCCAACAGCCUAGUCUUCGGCACUUCCGACAGGAUCUUUGAGAAGCUGCAGGACCUUGAGCGAGGGAUCGUGACCCUCACAAGGGAAAUUGAUGAGGGAAGCCCCAGAAUUGCAGCCUUCCUGACUCUCACGUAUGAGAAGUUUGACACCAACCUGAGAAACGACGACGCUCUGAUGAAGAACUACGGGCUUUUAGCUUGUUUCAAGAAAGACAUGCACAAAGUGGAGACUUAUCUGAAAGUGAUGAAGUGCAGACGCUUUGUGGAGAGCAACUGCACUCUGUAGAGAAGACCAACAGCUGCACAGCUGCAGUGAGGCCCUACCCAGAAGCCAUUAAUGCAAAAAAAUAGUGAUUUCUAGCUUUGCUCUUUCGUAUCAGUCAUAGCAAUCAAAAUGGAUUAGUUAUUCUGGUAGUCAUGAUGAAAAAAACAGACGUUUUGCUUGCCAAAAUCAGUUCUGUACAGCAUGUAUUUUCUGUAAAACAAAAGUACACAGGAACUAUAUUUUAGAAAAAAUACAGUUAAAAUUAUUUAAAAAAACAGUUUUCUAAUUUCUUUGCAAAUUUCCCCUCUGAUGCAUUUUGUUCUGAUUUGUGAGGUUUUGCAGCUGUAAUUCCACCUAGAGAACAAGCUGCUCUAAGGCUAAAUUAAACCAGGCGUGAAAUGUGGAUGUCAAGGAUGUUUCUGAGCUGGAAGGAGAAAUUAGACUCUAGUUUUCAUAUUCCUUUUAAAAGAACACACAUACCAAUUCAGUUGAUGGGAAUAAAGGUUUUGAUGGGUCAGUCAGCUCAGGAGGUUUGCCUGGCACCCUUACAGUUAAAUGGAAAAAAAUGAAGACUGGAAAGCAACAGGAGAGACAUAACAACUGCCCGCCUCUGCUGUGUGGGUAAGAUGGCUGAUCUGUUGCUCAGCCAGACUAGGAACUGAUUUAAAGAACCGAUAGCAAAACGAUCAGAUCAACUUUGGCUCGCACUGCCGAAACUUGUCAUCACAUUUUUCACGUGAUCUUCAUCCUAUUGAAAAUACAUACGGGUCACAGGUAGGAUCCCAGGCACAUAACCCUCCCAAACACACAUAUUUAUACCCACACUUUUAAGUUAGUUUUUAAGACAGCGUCUCCGUGUUCCCCCACCCUCAGAUAUUAGAAAGAAAACUUUGAAUGCACUCGAAUGUUCUGUACAUCUUUUGGGCCAAAGUCUCCUUGAAAUUUCUGUAUAUAGUGUUCAAUUGCAUUCAUUUGAAGGAAUUUAAUUAAACGUGUUUUUCUGGUAGAUCUUGAAACUCUUCGACACCUGUAUGUAAGCAUUUAUUUUAUCAAUAAAAUUGAAGUAUUCUGCAACAAA